CAAUACCGACGAUACCGGAGACUACGCUUGGUACUGUUUCGAGCCAAACAUAUCUGUGGUUUUGUUUGCUUUCCAAGCGUUUUCGUUUCUCUCAUGAGUGUCUCUCUGGUCGUCAUUCGCUUGGAACUGGCCGACCAGUCUCCUCCGCCGCACGGUUUCCAGUACUGCGCUGCUGAAGACAUGUCGGAAGAAGACCUGCAAGACAUAGCUCUGGGUUUAGCGCAGCUGACACUGAGUGGGAAGACGGAGGCGGAGCGAGCGGCGGUGCUGCAGCAGCACAUCGGCAGCAGGGCCAUGGGAGACAUGGUCAUCGAAACCUUUGAACCCAGCCCAGAUAAAGGAGGAGGUAACAACCCUGGUGGUUCCACAGAGACGAGCGUUGACAGUGAAUCGGUGAAAGCUGAAUCUGACACGGAAGGUGCCAUUGAGGGUUCACAGAACAACACAGUGACAGGCACAGCUCCAGAUUCUCCUUCCAAGCAGCUACCAGACCGGAUCUCUUUCUUCAGCGGGAACCCCUCAGUGGAGAUUAUUCAUGGUAUCAUGCACCUCUACAAGACCAAUAAAAUGACAUCUCUGACUGAAGAUGUUAGACGCAGUGCCAUGGUGUGCAUCCUGACUGUCCCAGCUACCAUGACCAGCCAUGACCUCAUGAAACUUAUGGCGCCCUUUAAUGAUGUCAUGGAACAUAUGAAGAUCAUACGAGACUCUACCCCCAACCAGUACAUGGUCUUAAUUAAGUUCAGUACACAGGCAGAUGCAGACAGUUUUUACACAGCAUGUAACGGUCGCCAGUUCAACUCCAUAGAGGAAGCAGUGUGCCAGCUUGUCUACGUGGAGAGGGCAGAGGUCAUAAAGUCUGAGGAGGGAGCCAGCCUGCCGGUGAUGGAGCUGACUGAGCUGCCAAAGUGCACCGUGUGCCUGGAGAGAAUGGAUGAGUCUGUUAACGGAGUUCUCACCACUCUUUGCAACCACAGCUUCCACAGCCAGUGUCUCCAACGGUGGGAAGAUGCCUCGUGUCCUGUGUGUCGGUACUGUCAAACACCAGAACCCGUUGAAGAGAACAAGUGCUUUGAGUGUGGAGUUCAGGAGAAUCUGUGGAUUUGUUUGAUCUGUGGCCACAUCGGUUGUGGUCGCUACGUUAGCCGACAUGCCUACAAGCACUUUGAGGAAACGCAGCACACUUACGCCAUGCAGCUCACCAACCACCGCGUCUGGGACUAUGCAGGAGAUAACUACGUGCAUCGACUGGUGGCCAGUAAGACUGACGGGAAGAUGGUCCAUAGAAUGUGAGGGGACACCUGCCAAGCCGAGAAAAGCGAUGCCCUGCAGCUGGAAUACUCGUACCUAUUGACAAGUCAACUGGAGUCCCAAAGGAUUUACUGGGAGAAUAAGAUUGUUCAUCUGGAGAAAGAGACAGCUGAGGAGAUAAACAACAUGAAGGUUAAAUUUAAGGAAACUCUGGAGCGCUGUGAUAACUUGGAGCAACGACUUGGAGAAAUAACUAAGGACAAGCAAGGCAUUGAGAAAAAGUGUAUGCAGUUGAACAAUCGAGUAGUGAAGCUGAGCCAAGAGCUGAAGGAGGAACAGGAAAUGAACCGUUGUCUAAGAGCCAAUCAGACACAGCUUCAGGCGCAACUGGCAGAGGAAGAGCGCAAAGGCACAGAAAACGGCGAGCGUAAGGACGUGCUCAUAACAGAGCUGCAGGAGCAGCUGAGAGAUGUGAUGUUUUAUCUGGAGGCCCAGCAGCAGAUCGAGCACCUGCCCCCAGAGGCUCGCACUGAGAUCCAGGAGGGACAGAUCAACAUCGCCGCGGGCGCCGACGAUGACAGCGCGGGAGCAGGCCCGUCUUGUGUCCGGGGCAGGAGGGGACGUCUCAGGAAGAGGAAGUAGUGUGAAAAGAAGGCCGUCGCGUGCGUGUCACUGAGCUCAGUCGAGCCUGUGAAAGUUGAAUCUGAAAUGAUUCAGAAAUGCAGACUGGAAUUAAAUCACAGUAGAUACGGAGCUUCAUAAGGAACAAACGGUACCUGCCUGUGCAAGAAUAAAUGUGCCGGAGUGCUUUAGCCACAGUGACCUUUGUGACUCCCAAAUAUAUUUAUUUGUGCAAUGUACAUAUAUUCUGUUUCCAUAUCUAAAAAUAAGGUCUAGUUUGCUCAUGGAUUGUAUUAUUUUAAACAAGAACUUAUUUUGGUUCUUUAGUUUUCUCUUGUUACACACAGUGUAAUUAUCUAGUAGUAUUUUGUUUUUUGUUUUUUUUGGUCAAGUUAACUUUGUAUGAAGGAAAAUCAGGACUGAGUUGUAUUUGUUUAAGUUGCUUUAGGCUAGAGUUUUGUUUGCUCCAAAUAAAUGCUUCAGAUUUCUGAUAUUUGCACUGAAGUUGAGUCAGGAUGAUGAAGCAAAGCUGCUUAGAGGUGGAUGGUAAAUUGGUGGUGUUGGUUUUUUGUGCAGAGCAGGCGAUUCAGUAGGAUCAGGAGUUUGUUUGACCGUGUGUCUCCUUUGACAAAACACUUUUUAUGUGCUUUGUCUUUGGCCAUCCAACUGUAAAUGGGUACCAGCCUUGACUGGGGAGCUAACCUGUGAUGGAUUGGCGUCCCAUGCACACAGAGUCAUAAACUCUUGCUGUGGAAUCUGGUGAUGAGCAGCUGCACCAAAAGGCCUCGGGGUCUCCAGACAUCUUACUACUUCUUGGUUUUAUGUGAUAACUUGAGAAGCGUUUUGGGAUGUUGCCGUCUUUAACGUACAGUAGUGUUCAGAAUAAUAGUAGUGCUAUGUGACUAAAAGAUUAAUCCAGGUUUUGAGUAUAUUUCUUAUUGUUACAUGGGAAACAAGGUACCAGUAGAU